AUGGAAAUCGAGAUUCCAUUUCAAAAAGCAUGGGGGGAUCUGAAGAGAUUUGAGAAAACUGUCAAGAAUGGAUGGAAUGAAGUGGAGUAUGGAAGUGGUGUGUACAAUGUUAAAAAUCACAUAUUAAAUUGUGGUAGGAAGCUCGACAAAUGGAAUAAAAAGAAGAAAAAAGAAUUUAAAGAAAAAGUUUAUGGGUUAAAUCAAAGAAUCACUUACCUAUCUAAUUUUCAUAAUAGAAAGGAUUGGAGAGAACAUAAAGGCCUUGAAAGGAAGUUGAAAGUGAUGAUGGAAAAGGAGGAACAAUAUUGGAAGCAAAGAAGUCGUGCUUUAUUGUUGAAAGAGGGUGAUAGAAAUAUCAAAAAAGUUCAUAAGAAUGCCAACAUAAGGAGGAAAAAUAAUGAAAUUUUUGGGUUGUUUGAAGAGGAUUUGAAGUGGGUCGAUUAUGAGGAUGAGCUAAUUAGAGUGGCAUGCAAUUAG